AUGGCACUGCGUGAUAUUGUAGGUAAGCAGAUGCUUCGGCAGACGGUACUGCAACCACGAUUAAAACUGCCUGCUGGUCGGGUUGUGUCUAUAGAAGAGGGAUGGCGCCUUGCUCGUCUCGUACGCGAAGGAGAAGAGCACGCCAGCGCUGUAGCCGUGGAGGCUGCUGAAGGAAUGGUCGCACCCUCAUCUGUUGUAUUGGAAGACGAUGUGUCAAAACGCAUAUUGCUCUUGCGGCACAAAAAGAGAAAAGAGGGUGAUACGAAGGCGGCUGUGAGAUAUGCGCAGCGCAGUCGGGCGGUGCCUGUUGUUGGGAAGGUGGCCCCUGAGGUGCGUGAUAUCGCCCUUAACGUGUUGCGUAAGAACCCGAUUGGGCGCGCUGAGUUACGUGCCCGCCAUGAACGUAGCAAAGCGAAGAGGGCAACUAAGGGAAGUGAUUCUACGAGAGCAAAGCGUGCAGGUAGACUUUGA